ACGUUUCUCUUUCCUCCGGACCUUCUACCAAGAUGGCGUCCCGUAAAGAGGGUGCCGGCUCUGGCUCCACCAGUUCGACUUCUGCAACCGGCGCGGCCUCGGGCAAAGGAAAAGGCAAAGGUAGCUCGGGGGAUUCGGCCGUGAAGCAAGUGCAGAUCGACGGCCUGGUUGUUUUGAAAAUAAUUAAACAUUACCAAGAAGAAGGACAGGGGAAUGAAGUUGUCCAGGGAGUACUUUUGGGUCUGGUGGUAGAAGACAGACUUGAAAUCACCAAUUGUUUUCCCUUUCCCCAACACACGGAGGAUGAUGCUGAUUUUGAUGAAGUCCAAUAUCAGAUGGAAAUGAUGCGCAGUCUUCGUCACGUAAAUAUUGAUCAUCUUCAUGUUGGUUGGUACCAGUCUACAUACUAUGGCUCUUUUGUCACCCGUGCUCUUCUGGAUUCCCAAUUCAGUUACCAACAUGCAAUUGAAGAGUCUGUAGUUCUCAUUUAUGAUCCCAUAAAAACUGCUCAAGGAUCUCUGUCAUUGAAGGCAUAUAGGCUGACUCCUAAGCUGAUGGAAGUUUGUAAAGAGAAGGAUUUUUCUCCUGAAGCAUUGAAAAAGGCAAACAUCACCUUUGAGCACAUGUUUGAAGAAGUGCCGAUUAUAAUUAAAAAUUCACAUCUGAUCAAUGUACUAAUGUGGGAACUAGAAAAGAAAUCAGCUGUGGCAGAUAAACAUGAAUUGCUCAGUCUAGCCAGCAGUAAUCAUCUGGGGAAGAGUCUGCAAUUGUUGAUGGACAGAGUGGAUGAAAUGAGUCAAGAUAUUGUUAAAUAUAACACCUAUAUGAGAAACACCAGUAAGCAGCAGCAACAGAAACAUCAGUAUCAGCAGCGCCGUCAGCAGGAGAAUCUCCAGCGCCAGAGCAGAGGAGAACCUCCCCUCCCUGAAGAGGACAUGUCUAAACUCUUCAAACCUCCUCAGCCACCUGCUAGGAUGGAUUCACUCCUUAUUGCAGGCCAAAUUAACACUUACUGCCAAAACAUCAAAGAGUUCACUGCACAGAACUUGGGCAAACUCUUCAUGGCUCAGGCUCUCCAAGAAUACAACAACUAGAAAGAGGAAACCCGUGACUUCUGGUUUGCUUCCAGAUAAGGUGUUGAUUGAUACUUACUCUGACAUCACCUGCGGAUAGCUCUUCCAAGGAAUAGAAUUUUCUUAAUGAAAAUGACAGUACUCAUUUAAUAUAAUGGACUCAUUUUGGCAGUAAAAUUGUUCUUGUGAAAAAAUAAAAUUUGUUUUUAAUAUUC